CUGAUGGCCCUGCAGCGGCCAGCGCUGCCUGGCACAGGGACAGGGCUGGCAGCACACGCGGGAGGCGGGCGUGCGGGCAGGGGGAGGAUGCUCGCCACUAAAAAGAGCUCUCAGUCCGCCUCGUGCAAGCCCGGAGAAGGUUGAGAGCCCUCAGGCUCCAGCCCCCCGGACUGGAAUGAGCGAGCCGAUGAUCGGAUGCAGAGGGUGGUGUGAAGUCUCGCCCCGGUGCGAGCCGCCUGUCUGACACAGCCGCUCUGUGCUGGCUGCCGGAGCAAUGAGCCAUCGCUGCGGGGACACGCAGCCCCGGCCGUCACCCCGGGAAGGUCUCUUUCCCAUCCUCUCCUUCCCGUUUCUCUGCUCCAGCAGCUGACUUCUGGGGGAGUUGGUGUGUUUGCAGCGCUCCCCAGGCUGUCUGGGGAUGGCCCCGGGCGGCGGCGGCAGCUCGCUGACCUGAAACCCAGCGUGUGCCAUGCCCGGGACUCGCUGCUUUCACUCGCCUCCCAGUGAGCCUUUAAAGAGACACUGGGGAGCUCAACAAGGCAGGGAGGCUCUUCCCCGGGGGGCUGCCCCGGUGCCCUACACACCGCCCAUUCCAAGGAGCAAGAUGGAGCUGGAUCGCAUGGAGGGAGACUGCGAGGGCAGGGGGGCAUCGUCUGCCCGGCGCAGGGCGGCACCGCUGCUGGGGCCCUGCUCGGCCUGAACGCCCUCGGCACGGCACCGCCCGGGACUCCCCAGCUCCGGGGGCUCGGCCCCAAGGGCAGCGCUCGCCACUUGGGCAGCUUCGCGAAGGACCGGGGUAGCCCAGGGCCGCGUGAGGCCGGUACCCCCACCGCGGCUCCCACAGCCAUCCCGUGAGCUCUCCCGGCUGCCAAGGACUUCCAGCAGGGAUGCUCUUUGGGGGAUAAAUCCUCUCUUCAGUGACUAAUUACCUGUUUGAACAAGGAGAGCCCCAUGGAGGAGGUGCUGGAGGUGCAGUAAACUGCCUUCUUUCGGCAUCAACGACCUGCAAAGGGAGGAACUUUAAGAGGUGGAACCAGCUCCUGCUCUGCUGAUCAUGGUCAACAAGACCUUAAAUUACUGGGGUCCCAGUUUUGAGGAGGACGUUAUCAACAUCAACGUGGGGGGUCUGAGGAGGAGGCUCAGCUCCAGCGCCCUCUCCAAGUUCCCCGACACGCGCCUGGGGCGCCUGCUGUCCUGCGACUCGGAGGAGUCCAUCCUGCAGCUCUGCGAUGACUACGACGUGAGCGCCAGGGAGUUCUACUUCGACAGAAACCCCGGCUUCUUCCUCUACGUCCUCCACUUCUACCAGACGGGGAAGCUGCACGUCAUGGAGGAGCUGUGCGUCUUCUCCUUCUGCCAGGAGAUCGAGUACUGGGGCAUCAACGAGUUCUUCCUGGACUCCUGCUGCAGCUACCGCUACCACGAGCGCAAGCUGGAGAGCCGGCACCACAACUGGGAUGAGGAGAGCGAGGUCAGCAGCGUGGACACGUCCCCCGAUGAGAUCUCUGACAUCAACCACGACCUGCUGCGGUACAGCACGCUGCGCUGCGGCAACGCGCGCAAGCGGCUCUGGCUCACCAUGGAGAACCCCGGCUACUCCAUCCCCAGCAAACUCUUCAGCUUCGUGUCCAUCAGCGUGGUGCUGGUUUCCAUAGCCACCAUGUGCAUCCACAGCAUGCCCGAGUACCAGGAGGUGGACGAGAAUGGCAACGUGCUCGAUGAACCCAUCCUGCACAAGCUGGAGUAUUUCUGCAUCUCCUGGUUCACCUUCGAAGUGUCUUCCCGCCUCCUGCUCUCCCCCAACCCCAGGAAGUUCUUCAAGCACCCGCUGAACCUGAUUGACAUUGUCUCGGUGCUGCCCUUCUACUUCACCCUCCUGGUGGACGUGACCAUGGGCAGUGACUCAGAGCUGGGCAACCUGGGCAAGGUCGUGCAGGUGUUCCGUCUCAUGAGGAUAUUCCGAGUGCUGAAGCUGGCUCGGCACUCCACUGGACUGAGGUCACUGGGGGCCACCUUGAAGCACAGCUACCGGGAGGUGGGGAUCCUGCUGCUCUACCUGGCCGUGGGGGUCUCUGUCUUCUCUGGAGUGGCCUACACUGCCGAGAAGGAGGAAGACGUUGGCUUCGACACCAUCCCAGCGUGCUGGUGGUGGGGCACGGUCAGCAUGACCACCGUGGGCUACGGCGACGUGGUGCCCGUGACGGUGGCGGGGAAGCUGGCUGCCUCGGGCUGCAUCCUGGGGGGCAUCCUGGUCGUGGCACUGCCCAUCACCAUCAUCUUCAACAAGUUCUCCCACUUCUACCGCAAGCAGAAGGCGCUGGAGGCGGCCGUGAGAAACAGCGGGAAGAAGGACCGCGCGGAGGUGGAGAGCAUCUCCAGCCGCGACCGAGAGGACUCGGAGGCCCUGAGCGAGACCUCCCUGGACAGGGGCAGCCCCGACCGCCGUGGUCUGACCCCCGGUGCCCACCCCAGCCCCUGAGCCACCGCUCCGUGGCACUGGGGCCCGCGGGACCUGCUUGCUCACGGCGAGCACGGCACGGCUGCUGCACCGGGACACGGCGGAGGAGCCGGGCUCUCCCUGUCCUGCACCACGGCUGGUAUCGCCCCGGCCCUGCCAAGGACAGCAGGGGUUGGAGGAGAUGCCCAGUGGGUGCUGGCUGCUUCCAGCCCCCGGGAUGCGGUGACUGGGUCUGCCUGGAUGUGUUUCAGCCUUCAUCCUGUUCCCCCCGGCCGCAAAUGGAGGCUGUGGUGCUGGACAUACUCCCGCCAAAAGGGGAGGGAGAAAAAAGAAAUACAGGUGACUCCUUACCAGGCACUGCCUCAGCUGGGUAGAGGGGGAUUUUCCUCUGCCAGGAGCUUGUGUGUUGUCCAGGGUGAGGCUAAAUAGCUCGUGGGUGAGGCAGCCCCUGACCAAGCUGGCUGCCCUUGCAGGUCCUCUGCCAGGUCGGCAUCAACUCCAGCCCCAGCCUUGUCCUACCCCCCACUGGAAACAGCCUCAAAAGGCUCAACUGGCCCCCCAGCCAUAAAGGAAAGGGGGCUGGAAUCGAGUCUGUAUAAGGGGAGAGGUGGUGUCAGCUUAGGGUGAGCCCCACUGCCCUCAGUCCCUGCAGUGGGGUCGACCGGACCUCACCUUCGUUCCAGCUGGGGUGUAUCUGCUCGCCUGCACUGCCACUGCUGGGAUCUCCAGGGAUCUGGGGCUGGGGCAUGGCACAGCCAGGAGCACUGCCCAUGCAGGGGGGGCACCAGCCAGGGAUGACCAGCCAAAGGGACGUUGUCCUCUGAGGCAGGAGCAGCCGAAGGGGAUCAAGCUGGGAGAACUGAGGAGCCAUCCCCAGCGGGGCUCUCCCCACAAACCCUUCCCUCCAUGGCACUCCUAUGCCAUGGGAGCCCAGGGGCUGCAGCAGGACAUGGUGGGGUAGGAGAGACAACCAAAGCCAGCCGGGUUUGGCACACAGCCUGUUCCCCCUCACCACAGCCUGGCUUCGUUCUGCCUCUUCCCUCCUGGCCUCAGGGCCAGGCAGGGGCAGGAGGGCUGUAAGGAGUGGGGGGUCACACUGCCCUGGGUGUCCUUGCUGUCCCCCAGGGAGCUCAGCUCCCCAGGGGAUGAUGCACUCACCUUCCCUCUGCCCGGAGGGGGCACCCCCAUGUCUGUGGGACAGGGGAGACCUUGCACUGCUCCUCGGUGACCAAGCACCUCACAGCCGGGCAGGGAGGUCUGCCUGGAGCACCAGACUGCCCUCCUGCCUGGACCCCCAGCCCACCUGAGCACAUUCGGGGCUGCUCCCAGCACAGCAUUAAUUCCCUGUGGAGUUUUUCCUUGCCCCCAUGGUUCUCUGUUUGGAAACUGUGCAGCUCCAUUGUGCACAGAGGAACACACCCAGCAACACCUGUUCCGAGCAGGGGAAAUGUGCAUCCUGCAAUCCCCAAAUCAGCUCAAAACCACGUUGGUGGCCGCAGGAUGACCCCAGGUACCUGGAUCGUGGGGUUUGCUGCUGGCUGUCCUGGCUGGGUGUCGGCACAGCCGCAGCUGCCGGUGCUGGAUCUGCUGAUCACGGGCAAGAAAAGCCAAACCAACGCCAGUGCAGGUCCAGCCUUUCUGAACCCCACUGGGACUCGGGGAGGGUCCCCAAGGACCUGUGGUGUGGGAUAGGAGGGGGUUCACGCUUCUGGCAUCAUCAAGUCUUCCAGUGUUGAUGGUUUGUGGUCUGCUCUGCGCUCAGUCCUGCUCUGAGCUGGGGCUGGGGAGCGGCUCCGUCUGCUCCGACCGGCUCCCGCUGCACUGUUACUUGAAUAAAGGAAGGAGUUUCCCCUUCUCACCAUAAAUAUUCCAGUAGCAAAACGUAUUAAAAUGUGAAGAGUAAAUUACAACUAUUAAUGAAAAAGCAUUAUGCAAAUAAUUAGGAGCAUGUAAAUUAAUUUUAUAUCUAUGCAUGGAUGCAUACUGUAUAUUUUAUUAAAGACCUCAGUGACCUGCUGUG